UAUGGGGGCAGAACAAUCGGCUUUAUGGGCUUCCACACAAUUCGGACAGCACGAAGAGACCUUAGAACUGGUAAAUUCGGAAUUGUUUUUUUGUUCGUAUUUCGAAAAAAUGGCUGAGCCCAAGACGGGUCCUGUGACACAAGCUCUACUGCGUUUGGUGGAAAACAUGCCAAAAAGAAGAGAAUCGUUUGUAAAAGAUGCAGCUGCACCACAAACCAAUAUGAGUUCAGGAAAGAAUGGAGAGGAAGAUGAUGAUUUCCACUACAGUGAUGGUGGCUUCGUUAUAGAUUCCAUGGCACACAUAGAGGAAGAGAGCUACGACGAUCACCUGGAUUUGGAGCCUCUGCAGAUAGCCGAAUUCGAGUCCACGGAUGAGUAUGAUAUAGUCGCCGAGCCAGUUGACCCUUGUCCAUUGCAAGAUGCCCUGCCGAUGUUCGAGUUGAAUGUGGAUGACUUUUGAGCAAAGAAACUCAAUUUUAAUUUAAAAUAUGAAUUUAUUUACAAAGCUAA